CAGGGGCUACUGAAACCGAAAGUGCGAUGCUGUGGCCGCCGCCGGGGUGAUUUUCACCUUCGCCUGCGCGAGCCCUCGGUGACCCAGGUUGGGAAGCCAGACAAGAGUAAAAUAUGAACGGAAGAGUGGAUUGCUUGGUUACUGAGGAGGAGAUCAAUCUCACUAGAGGACCCUCAGGGCUGGGCUUCAACAUCGUCGGUGGCACAGAUCAGCAGUAUGUCUCCAAUGACAGUGGCAUCUUCGUCAGCCGCAUCAAAGAGAACGGGGCUGCAGCCCUGGAUGGGCGGCUCCAGGAGGGUGAUAAGAUCCUCUCGGUAAACGGCCAAGACCUAAAGAACCUGCUGCACCAGGAUGCUGUAGACCUCUUUCGUAAUGCAGGCUAUGCUGUGUCCCUGAGAGUGCAGCACAGGUUACAGGUGCAGAAUGGGCCUCUAGGACAUCACGGUGAAGGGGAGCCAAGUGGUAUUCCCAUAACUGUGGUGCUGGUGCCCGUGUUUGCCCUCAUCAUGGUAGCAGCCUGGGCCUUCAUGAGAUACCGGCAACGACUUUGAAAGGCUUGCUUUCUUCCAGUGCUCCCGGAGAAGAAGAUACAUUUCUCUCUUUCUCUCACCCUCCUCCCCUGCCAUUCUCCCAUAACUUUCCCUCUCUCUACAUAGCCAACACACAAUUUAAAGAGACUGCUACCCAACCAGAACCUUGCUGCUCAAAAUCUCUAAAUCCUCAUACUCUGGUGGGAGAGUAAAGGCACUGUUUGAAGGAAUGCUGAAAGAAGGACUUGCUUAGAACAAAUGAAGAGUUAUAUAUUUUACUAGGACCACCAAUAGAAGUUCAGCUGCAACCCAGAGAGGGAGAGGUCCAGUCUUCCCAUCACCAUGCGUGAUUCCUUUUUUCUUACCUGGCAUGUGUCAAAGAUCAGCUGUAAUAAGAGGAAGAAAGGAUUUUUCUCUUUAAUGAUCUUCAUUGGGAAGUUUUUGUGUCCUUUAUUUAAUUUCUAACUACCUACUUGGGCACCUACUUUGUAUCAAACAGAGGUGAAUGAAGAGAGAAUUUCUACUUUUUUAAGAAAGCAAAAAAAAUACACACACACACACAUACAUACACAUAUUCAUAUAUGAUAGUAUAAUAGUGAUGCCUUAUGGAGAAUUAAAGAGAAAUAACUCUGGUUUCUGGGUUUCUGAUGUAAGAAUUAAGGGAUAAUCUUAAUUGAAGAAUUCGAUACAUAGCAGGAGUGAGAGAGUGAGCCUUAAGAGAGGAUGCAGCUAAUUAAAAAUCUUAGAACAAUAUUUCUUCUCAUAAUAGCUGCGGUGAAGUUGAGGUAAAAUGACAUAAUCCAGCUUUGUGCAAGUCAGUCUGUUUAAAAAACUCGGGAGAUGUAAAUAUAAACCUUACUAAUCUCUGGGCUACCCUAGUGACUGUUUUGGUACCUUACAGACCUGAUAAAGGAUCAGCUGGAAUGACUGUGGUCAGAGCUAUAACUAUGACGAUGGGGCCAAACCAACCCAGUGAAAAAACUCAGGCUAUCUACCAGUCUUGUUCCGACUAACAGGCAAAAUCUGAGAAAGGGACUGCUGCCAGCAGGAUGGGCAUGAAAUCAGCUCUGCUUCAAUUCAGUUAAGUUGAAAGGAUUUGGAUUGCUACUGUUUUUUGAAAGGUUCUGAACGCUGGUUAUGGCUUUUAAUGAAUAAAUCAUUUUGCGGGGAAGGCUUAGAAAAGAGUUUUGUUUGUUUUAGCGGCUAGGGAAGUUUGGUGGAUGUUUCAAGGAGAAGCCUUACGGAUGAAUGGAUGUUAGGGAAUACCAAGGAGAUAAAUGAGGUGGGAACCCUCCUGUUCGUGUGGUAUUGAAGGUUGGUUUUAAAGCACUAAGGAGAGCUGAACCAAGGCUAAUUUUCUGGCUUAAAGAAAAUCAUUUCCAUCCUCUAAAUAUACUGGCCAGGCUAUAGGCUUUAUAUAAUCUUGACAGCAAGAGUAUGAAGACUUUCCCUCAGGCAGUCAGUUGUGUCCAAUUUUUAGCAUGGACCAUCUGCUAAGAAUUUUAUAAAUGUUGAUUGGACAUCAGCUUUGUUAUGACUUUUACAAAGAAGCAAAAUACUUAGCCUCCAUUCCUAAAAGGUUUUUUUUUUUUUGGUUCCAGUUGGGAAUAGAACACCUUUACACAUAAAAUAAUAAACAAUUACCUCCAUAGGCAAGGCAAUGUAAGUUAGUGUCAAAUUUAUAUUGCAAACCAAAGGGAACGGUUACUGAGAAUAGAGGCACUUGAGAAAGUUGCAUGGAGGAAGGGAACAAGUUAAGGACCCUUGAGGAGCUCACAGUCAAGAGAAUUCAUAAAUAGAUGAGAAGUUAAAAGUAUAUCAUCAGGUUAAGUAAUAGUUGAGAACAAUAAUAAAAAAAAUGGUACUUUUCAGAGUAUGAUGCAGCUACAAAGACGUGCAGACACAUUUUCUUUUUUUUUUUUUAGGAAUUCAGAAAAAGAAAGCUGUCACGUAAUGGCAUCAGGCCAGAGUGGAAAGGGAAGGCUUUUAAAAAUAAAAACCCCAGUUAAGACCUUGCCUCUGGGUCACCUAUUGGUAUAAGAAGAAACUUGCUGUAAACAAUCCUAAGAGGAUUUCUGCCUUCAGACCUGAACUGUUCAGUACCUCUGAGACUCACUUAGACAACUGCAUUCAGUAUUCCAGUUCUCACCUCAACCAGCCCCUCUGUGGAGGCACAACCUCAGGUGCCCUCCCUGUAUCUGGAGGAAUGUGCAGCAGCUUCUGCAGUGGGCCUGCUUUCCUCCCAGGAUUCCUUUCGGGGUUUGGACAUUAACUCCUGAGAGGACCUUGAGACAUACAAAAGGAAGCAAAUGGCAAGCAGGAAGGAAAGCUAUUUUGUUUUUUGUUUGUUGGUAUAUGUAAAUAAAAACACCUAUCCCAUCAUUGGUAGAGGUUUUGCUUUGGUUGAUAAUAGGGAUUCCAAUGCACUUUAAUAAUUCAGGUUUUCUCUGGAAUUAAAUAGCAUUUAAAGAUCAAUAUAGUAAAGGUUUAGGCAAGUAUGCUACUUCAAUUAUAUUCUUAUUUCUGAUUCUCUAGAAAAUUAAAUUAUUAUCAUAGAUGAAGUAUUGGAGUCCAUUGUAGGUCAUUAAAAAAUGCAUCCUAUUUAUAGAUUGACUAACAUUUCUAUCACUUUAUCGAUGGUAGGUAAUAUUCUUCCCACCUAAAUUACUAUGUUCAAAGUUUUAAAAAUUGAAUGAAAAUCUUUUUUAAGACAUUUACUUAAAACACUUUGCUACAUUUAUCAUCCUAUAUUAUACAUACAAUUCUAAUAAGACAUUGUUUGCUUCAGUCGUCUCUCUUUUCCUGCCAAGUUUUAACCAAUGCUAUUGAUUUAACUUAAUCACACCAUCUAGAAUGUAUAAUAGAAAAAGGAAAUUAAUACCUGUUACUACAUUCUGUGCCAGGUACUAAACUAAACCCUGAUUGGUAUCACUGUUUCUUCAUGCCUCACAACUCUGAAGUCUAAGUAUUGUUAAAAAGACACUAAAGAAAAGAGAAUAAAUUGUUCUACUAAGAUUACAUAGGUGGUAAUAGUAGAAUCAGGAUUUAAACUCAGGACUUCAGGUGCCACCACCAAUAUUUCCUUACUGGCAGUGGUUCUCAAAGUGAGGUCUCUGGACAAAAACAUCAGCACUACCUGGGAACUUGUUAGGAAAGCAAAUUCUUGGGCUCUACCCUAGACCUACUGAAUCAGAAAUUGAGUAGGGCACCCAGCAAUCUGUUUUAAUACUCCCUCCAGGUGACUGAUGCACAUUAAAGUUUGAGAAUCACUGCUCUAUGCCAAUAGUCACCUUUUUCUCAGGUUAGAAUCACCCAGAGAGCUGAUAAAAAUUCUGAUGCCCAGGCUGCACCUAGAUCAGUUAAGCAGAAUCUCUAGGGGUGGGAAUAGGGCAGCAGUAGAACAGAGUUCAUGUAAUUCCAGUGUGCAGUGUCAGGAAAAACAAAAACAAAAACGCUCUGGCAUUUAAACCUAGACACUAUUUAAAUUAUUGAAUUACAUACGGGCAUUGCUCCAGCCAAAAAUGAGAAUUGCACUUGGGCCUUUUUGGAGCCCAGCUCUCAUUAGCUUUUGCCUCAAGUAUAGAUGUGGAAUAAGAAGUGGAGCAGUAUUUGGCUUCUGAUUUGCUAAGGACUGACCAAACUCCAGCAAAAUGUAUUAGCGUGUCAGUGUGUGCCUCUAUUAAAUUAAAACCAAAUCAUAGAACAUUGGAGCUAAAAGAUUCUAGGAUGAAUCUGUCUUAAGGAUGAGAAAAUCAAGGUUCAGAGAUGUGAACUAACUUAACCCAGAUCAAAGACUUAGUCUGUGGCAGAGGUGCCCUUUCUGUCUCAUAUAUAUGUCUUGAAUGUAUCCACUAUAUGAACAUAGACAAAGCUAUCCUUUUUAUCUCAGUCCACUUCCAUCUUCUUUCUUUGGGCCUUGAAUAAAGAUCAGAAGAACUGACAGCUGAAGGGUAUUGCAAGCAUCAUGCAGAAUUGGGAGAUUACACAGAGUAAUCUGAGAAAGACCUUGUAUCAAAUUCAAUCAGAUGAGUUCUUCUGAGACUAAUUCCAAUAGUUCAAAACUAGAAAAGUAUUUUUUUUACAUUGGACAUUGUUUUUGUUGUGUAGAUAAGCAAUUUUUAAAAUAUUUUUUAAAAUGAAACAUAAGGUUCUCAACUAUGUGGGGGAGUAGAGUUCAUGUAAUUUCAUGUGAAGACAAUAAACAUUUUAUUAUAACUAUUUUAGUUGAAAUUUAUCUUUGGACAGAUGAGAGUUUUUUUCCUCAUUCAACAAAUGAGUGCCUACUAUGUGCUAGGUGCUGAUAAUAUAAAUUAAAUAUGGUCACUCUAAGCUGAAAUAGCUCAUUAUCUGAAAGUGGGGGAGUAUUUGUUGGUGAUCUUGAUGUUAAAGUAUUUUUCUGAUAUCACCUAGAAAUAGUAGAUUGAGUUGUGAAGCUCUUUACCUCUCAUUUAUAAUAGGUUUACAGUUGGUUGGUAUCCUGGGGUAAGCCCCUUUUGCUGUUUCUGUUUUUAUCUGCAAAUCUUUUUGAGACAAGCACUCACAUCCAAAAGGGCAAUUGCUACCAAAAGGAAGACAGUAUUUUAAGGAAUUCUGUUCUGAUCAGAACCAAGUCCUUAACAGCCAUAGUCUCUUGCCUGAUGUUGAUAUUUAUAGAGAGACUCCAAAGCACUUGAUCUGCUUACCUGAUAUACUUGACGAUACUGUAAUAACCUAUAUGAUAAGAAAGCAUUGUUGUGUCUAAAGAAUCAAAUUAUAGCAACCACUAGGUCUUGUUUCUAAAUGUUUUCCUUACUGUUCAUAUUCUCUUUCUUUUUGCAGGGGAAAGGGGGAAAGGGAGAGAGCUGAAAUGUGGUUUCAAAUGCAAGUCAAUCAUAAACAGAGUCAUUUACAAAAGAACUUUGUAUUUACUGUAAUCAUUAAAUUGCUUGACCAGUCACAGGAAAAUGGGUGAUCCUUCCUACUUUGCAGAUUUGCGAAUGGAAUCACAAAAUUGAAUCCCAUUUUAAUUCUGUAUCGGCAAUGCUGAUUUGAAUGAGUUUCUUAUUACUGUUUUUGACGUUGAACGUUGUUUUUAUUGUGUGAAAUACAUGCGCAUUUUACCCCCAAGACAUGUUAGUCUUUAUAAGAUUAUUUUCCUUAUGAACCUUAUUUUAUUUUGCUUCCUUUCUACUUUGAUCCUAACGUCAUAUUGCAUGCCUGGAUCUAAAGAGCAGUCAGUUUCUCAGAUCAAAUAGAUGCCCUAUAGCAACUUGGAAGACAUAUGGAGAUAAAACCAUAUUUUCUAAGGAAUACCAUUAUAAAUUAAAUAUGUUAAUGAUGCCAUCAAAACAGAUAAUAAUCUCUCUUAAGCUUUUCUAUUUGAUACCAGAUACAGUACAUGAAAUAAUAGUGUAUCUAACUGUGCCUAACUUAGUAUUGACAUUCAACAAAAACUUGUUGCAUUUGUCAGUAAAUCUUUACAAUCUUUUCCACCUUAUUUUGGGGAUUGUUGAAUAAAUAUCUCCUUAUUUAACCACCAACUUCCUGGGGCAACACUCUGACAGAGCAAUGGAAAGAGAAAAGAAAGAAAUCUAAAUGAUCAGUUUGAGGCUUAGCUUUGACAUAGAAGAUUAGGAGAUAAGGAUAAGGGCUCUAUCAUGUACUGCUGAUAAUAAUUGGCUAACAAUUAUUAAGCUCUCAUCAAUUUAUUUCUAUCUUAAUCUUAUUUUAGCUACUGUGCUAAGCCCUUUACAUGUGUUUAUUUAAGCCUCACAACAACUCUGUAACUGCUGCUGUUAUCCCCAUUUUACAGAUGAGAUAAGCGUCAGACGUAGAUUAAUUUGCCUGAAGUACACAGCUAUUAAGUGCCAGAGCUGGGAUUUAAACUCAGGCGGUUUAGCUCCAGAACCUACAUACAUAACCAUUACACUAUGCUGUCUCUACUCUCCAUGGUUCCAGGCACUACAUUGGGCCAUCCUUUUCCAUAACUUAUAAAUGUCAGUGAAUUCUCACUGCGAGUCAGUAUCAAUAAUUCUAUUUUUAUAGAUAGGGUAACUCAAGGCCUAAAGAAGUUAAUAACUUGCUCAAGAUAACAUUGCUAAUUAGCGCCAGACGUGGGAAUUUCCUUCAAGCCAGUGAGGAGUCUCAUUUCUCUUCCAUCAUUCCAGGAAAUUAAAGUUUAUUAUACUGAAUUUGGUUCAACCAUGCUAGCAUAGCCUUCCAUUAUGGAUAAUAGGGAAUUGACUGCAUUAGGUUAAAUGUUCUACCACAAUAGCAGUAGUAGUACCAUUCGUUUUAUACAAAGUUUGAAAACAAUUACCAACAUUUGCUAUCUGACUUGUCUUCCCUCCAUCCCCCAAAACCUUACAAGAUACAUAGAAUACAGAAAGGGGUUUGUGCCACAGGAUGUGAAAGGACUUGUCAGAACUGAAUAUUGACUUUUGCCCAAGUUACCUUGUAUAUAGCUGACUCUGAUAUGAAAAGUCAUUAUUGCUGCAUCAUAUGACUUAAGCAAACACCAGACCUGGAGUCAAAGUGCUAGUGUCUAACUGUAAUGUGUACAGAAUGGCCAUUUUCUCCCUUGAUGGGCAAAGAAGGUAUGUAAGUUAUCAAUUACAUAACAAACCACUGCAAAACUUAAUGGCUUAAAUUUUUAAAAAUUCUUUUCAAAGAGAUUCUAUGAAUUGACUGUUUCUUCUGCUAUCACCUAGAGUCACAUGGAACAGCAUUCAUCUGAUGGCAGGAGAACGGAAGGUGUCCCACAGAGUGCGUGGAGCUGCAACACAAGGCCAGCUCUCCUACAAGUUUCGCUUCAGUGGCCAAAGACACGUGCUUCACAUGAGAGUCAAGAAGAGCUUGCUGCCCAGGCAUUUUCCUGUUAAUCACCGAUAACGACCAAGGUGCCAUGCAGGAGGACUACCCUUUUAUCCCCCGAGACUGUUACUACUUUAGCUACCUGGAAGGGGUUCCUGGGUCCAUGGGCACACUGGACACCUGCUAUGGGGGUCUGCGUGGCAUGCUGCAGGUGGAUGACUUCACUUAGGAAAUCAAACCACUGGAGGCUUCUUCCAAAUUUGAACAUCUGAUUUUUUUUUUAACAUCUUCAUUGGAGUAUAAUUGCUUUACAAUGGUGUGUUAGUUUCUGCUUUAUAAAAAAGUGAAUCAGUUAUACAUAUA